AUGGCUUCUCAAGUUCUUCUUCAGCAGGCCCUGUUUGCCCCUAAGCUCACUUUUCCUCCUCCUCCUUCUUCUUCUUCUUCCCAUCGUAACGUUGCGUUAAUAUCUAGGGUUCCUUCGACUCCAAUUUCAUGGCGUUGCACUCCUCUUAUUGUUAAGCCUAGUUUCGUUGUCAGAGCCGAUUCCAACCUCGAAGGCGGUGGUGAAACCACCGAAGAUGUUCCUUCCGAUAAUGUUGAUGAAGUUUCGGAAGGUGAAGCGGAACAGGUUUCGGAUUCCGAAGCUCCGAAAUCGCCCCGAAAACCCAGAGUCAAGCUUGGAGACGUUAUGGGGAUAUUGAAUCAGAGGGCAAUUGAGGCAUCGGAGAAGGAAAGACCAACACCAGACAUUAGGACUGGGGAUAUUGUGGAAAUCAGAUUGGAGGUUCCGGAGAACAAGCGUAGGUUGUCCAUUUAUAAAGGGAUUGUCAUCUCAAGACAAAAUGCUGGUAUUCACACCACCAUUCGAAUCCGAAGAAUCAUUGCCGGCACUGGUGUUGAGAUAGUCUUCCCAAUUUACUCGCCAAACAUCAAAGAAAUCAAAGUGGUAAGCCACCGCAAGGUUAGGAGGGCAAGAUUGUACUACCUGAGAGACAAGCUUCCGAGAUUCUCCACUUUCAAAUGA